AUAGCGACCAUUUUACGUUAACUGGUUUGUGGGUUUCGUCCAGGUAGCAGAGCGACUGCGGGAACAACUCUUUCUUCUCCCGUUCUGUCUCGGCCCGCUGCGGCCGUAGGGCUUUAGCUGGCUCCGGCGGUCUGGCCGAGGGUUCCGUGGCGUCCCACCAAGCGGGAUGGCUGCGGAAGAAGAGGAUGAGGUGGAAUGGGUGGUGGAGAGCAUCGCUGGGUUCCUGCGCGGCCCGGACUGGUCCAUCCCCAUCUUGGACUUUGUGGAGCAGAAAUGUGAAGUUUUUGAUGAUGAAGAAGAAAGCAAAUUGACCUAUACAGAGAUUCAUCAGGAAUACAAAGAACUAGUUGAAAAGCUGUUGGAAAGUUACCUCAAAGAAAUUGGAAUUAAUGAAGAUCAAUUUCAAGAAGCAUGCACUUCUCCUCUGGCAAAGACACGAACAUCGCAGGCCAUUUUGCAACCUGUGUUGGCAGCAGAAGAUUUUACUAUUUUUAAGACAAUGAUGGUCCAGAAAAACAUUGAAAUGCAGCUGCAAGCCAUUCGAAUAAUUCAAGAGAGAAAUGGUGUAUUACCUGACUGCUUAACAGAUGGUUCUGAUGUGGUCAGUGAUCUUGAACAGGAAGAGAUGAAAAUCCUGAGGGAAGUUCUUAGAAAAUCAAAAGAGGAAUAUGAUCAGGAAGAAGAAAAGAAGAGAAAAAAGCAGUUAUCAGAGACUAAAACAGAAGAGCCUCCAGUGCAUGCUAAUGAAACUGCAAAAAUGAAUUCCCAAGGGGAUGGUGAACAUUUUGCACACCUGCCAUCAGAAGUUAAAGUGCAUUUUGCUAAUCAACCUUUAGCAAGAAAGCUGGAAAUGCUGCCUGAAACUUCCUCCUUCCAAGAAAAAGGCCUGAAGAUUCCUGGCUUAGAACAUGCAAGCAUGGAAGGACCAAUAGCAAAUUUAUCAACACUUGGAACAGAAGAGCUCAGGCAACGAGAGCGCUAUCUCAAGCAGAAGCGUGAUCAGUUGAUGUCCAUGAGAAAGGACAUGAAGACUAAGCAGAUACAAAAUUCUGAGCAGAAGGGAAAACCUGCUGGGGAAGUAGAGGAAAUGACAGAGAAACCAGAAAUGACAGCAGAGGAGAAGCAAACAUUACUAAAGAGGAGAUUGCUUGCAGAGAAACUUAAAGAAGAAGUUAUUAAUAAGUAACUUAAAAAGCAAUUUAGCAAAACAGAAGUUCAAAUUUUCUUAAAAAUAAAUUAUUUAAUCCUUAAACUGA